AUGCAUCCCGUAAUGACUGGGCUUGCCUUUCGUUUUUCCCCACCCUCCGCUCCCUUUAUACUGUCUCCGCAGCCUGCGCAGCGGCACCCGCAAGCUUUCCCGUGCAGUGAGUCCCUCCACUCUCGAGGCAGAGCCUCAAGCGAUACAGAUUGGACCUCCCUGCCGGGACGGAAAGCCCCUGGCUUUCGCCCAUCAUUGCGCUUCGCGCACUGGCCUUUCUCUCUCUGA